GCAUCUAUCUUGGACCAAGUACCCAUUAUUUAUCAAGUUUCCAAAACCAUUAUGUCUAAACAUGAAUCAAAAGAAGCUUUACCAUUUGAUUCAAAACCCACCAUUGAGCCUUCACAAAGCCAACCUAUUAUCAUAAAUCAUGAUGGUAGUGUCAGAAGGUUCAAGCAAAUACCAAACACGGAACCUACACAAGACCCAAACAACAUUGUUCUCUCUAAAGAUGUCCCUCUUAAUCUUAUUAACAAAACUUUGAUACGUUUGUUCCUACCUCGCACAGCCCUUCAAAGUUCUAAAAAACUGCCUCUAAUUGUUUACUUUCAUGCAGGUGGUUUCAUAUUGUUUAAUGUUUCUUCAACCUUUAAUCAUGACUUUUGCUUCAAAUUAGCGGAAAAAGUUAAUGCCGUGGUUGCCUCAGUGGAUUAUCGUCUUGCCCCUGAAUCGCGUCUCCCCGCUGCAUAUGAAGACGCGAUUGAGGCGUUAAAUUGGUUGAGAACAACAAAUGAGGAAUGGGUGAAUCAAUUUUGUGACAUGUCCAAUUGUUAUCUCAUGGGAUCCAGCUCGGGAGGGAAUAUCGCAUACCAGACAGGUUUACAUUGUGCAACUACUACCACUGAUGAGUCUAACUCUAACCAAUUGAAGAUCAGAGGGUUGAUAUUGCACCAUCCAUUUUUUGGUGGGUCCCAGAGAACAAAUUCGGAGUUGAAAUUUGAAAAUGAUCGAGUUUUGCCUCUUAAGGCGACUGAUCUUAUGUGGGAGUAUGCAUUGCCCGAGGGUGUUGGUCGAGACCAUAAGUUUUGUAAUCCAACAUUUAUGGAUAAAGAAGAUGAUAAAUGUUUGGAUGAAAUCAAACAACUGAAAUGGAGGAUUCUUUUGACGGUUUGUGAUGGAGACCCCUUGAUUGAUCGACAAGUUGAAUUUAUGGAGAUAUUGAGAAGCAAGAGGGUUAAUAUUGUCAAAUAUUUAAGGGAAGGUUUUCAUGGGAUGGAACUUUUGGAUCCAAACAAAGAUGAACCACUUUUUAAACAAAUAAAUAUUUUCAUAUUUCAACAGAGAAACAUCAUUUAAAGGUGUUUGGAGUUUAUGAAGAGGUUCAAAUAUUAAGUCAUUCUUUUAGGGCCUUUAGGGAACAGAUUCUCUGCGGUUCAUAGUUUCUGUAAUAAAAUUUGAACCCUUGAUUUAAUUAUAUAUUAUUUAAUCUGAGAGAAAGUCAUUCUAAUAAAUGGUGGAGAUGUGCACUGGAUUUUGGGUGAAAAAUCUAUCUGGUCUCCCAUCCUUUAGUGCCUCACACCUGAGUUUCGAAUUUGAUGUUUAAUA